AACGUUGAGUCUUACCGAUCUGCGUCGAGAGCUCGAGAAGGUUGGCGUGAGCUCGUCAACACCAGGUCUUCGCGGCGAGGAUCGACGCGGCGCCCUGUAUGAGCGUUGGCUCGGCCUCCAACGCUCCAACCAGAAAGAGACCAUAUUGACGGCCAAUGCAACACCACUCGACGCCACGGACGACGACGCACGCGACCCAUCGCGCUCGCCGAUGAAGCAAAGUCAAGAGAAGCGAGCGAUGGCGCAGGCGCUCUACAAUAGCGUUCAAAAUCUGCGGCAGGCCCGAGUCGAGGCCGUCGCGCGGCGCAUGGGCGACGAUCUGGCGUCCUUGAAUGCUCUUGGGCGAGAGCUCGAUGCCGGCAACGUACAAAGUGAAGACGCGCAGAUCCUCCAGAGUCGAAUAGCCGCCCUCGAGCGCAAGGCAAUUUCGCCUACUACGCCCCGCGUUUGGCCUCACGGGUUGACCAGAGCUGAGGCUGAGCAGGUUCGGACAGUUGCGCAGCUCGAGUCAGAAAUUCAGGCGCAUCACCGCCAAGGCUUCAAGGAGCUCGUUGCGAUGGAUGGCCUGCGCGUGAACCCCCUCUUGGCACCACCGACGUCAUUGCACCAAUUGCGCAGGCAGACAUUCGGGAGUACGCUCGCCCGCGGCGGCAGCGAACGGGCACUGCAGGUUGUAGCUGUCCGAGACCGCAUCCAGACCUUCUCGGCACCACAGCCAUCCGCACCGGUUUCCAAAGCCGAGAAGCUCGGGCGAAAAGCCUUCUUUCUUCAUCGUAUCAAGGGCGACUACGACUUGGCCGAACAAACGUUCAACGAAGCGAUUGAGCUGGAGCCGACAAAUAGCCAUAAUCUCGGACACUACGCGCUCUUCCUCGAUUAUGUCCGCGGUCGUUUGGAGGACGCCGAGGAGUACUACUUGCGUGCGAUCGACGCUCCCGCAACAGACGCCACGCAGCUGUCCAACUACGCCAGCUUCCUCCAGCGCAUGCGCAAUGAUACGUUCCGUGCCCAAGAGUACUACAAGCGUGGUCUCACAGCGUUUCCCCGCGACGCUAGUCACAUGGGCAACUACGCGAGCUUUCUGCGCCGCGUCAAGGGCGACAAGGACAGAGCGCGCGUGUACUUUACAAAGGCCCUAGCCCUGCAACCCGACCACGUGAAUAACCUAGGUAUGCUUCCGAGCGUGUACUGGAGUGUCCACGAUGCCUUUGUGCUGUUCCUAGUGCAAUUUGCGUCGCUUUUGACAGAGAUGGGACAUCUCACGGAAGCAGGCGACAUAUACGAGCGCGCACUGGUGCUGGACGCCGAAAACGCGAAUCUUUACGGCAACUAUGCCAACAUGCUGCGCAAGGCAAACCACCUCGGACGCGCCAAGGAGCUCUACCUGAAAGCGAUGCGCAUGGAUACGAACAAUGCCAUUGUAGCCCAAAACUAGUACGUCGAUGGCAGCUUGAUCCAGGUUCUAAAUCGACUGGCGUUCGCUAGCGCGCUAUUAUUGCGAGAUUAUCCUU